UCCACGCCAUUGGACGCGGCAGAGCGAGCAAGAGCAAAACUGAGAGCGCGCGAUUUUUCCUGUAACGCCAUUCAUCUCGCUCGACUCUGUUGUGCUGCAGGAAAAACGAGGAAAAGUGUAUUCAAGUGCAGUGUGUGUGCAAUUAGAAUGAGGUGCGGGCGUUAAAAUUGAAGCCACAGCAUCUGGGAUAAGUGCAGUGAGAAGGCUCAAAGGCUGUCCGGCUGCAGUCCAGCUGCAGUCCAGCAAUGUAAUCAACGAUAGAACGAGUGGCACGCAGCCAAGCAGCAGCAUAUAUGCCUUCAAAAAGUCCUCAACUGUAUUCGUAUUAGUGUUGCCUCCAACUACAACAAACACACGCAUAGCUACACACAUAUAUAACUAUAUAUACAUACGCGCGCGGAUUCGCUAAAAAUGCCUCGCAUACGCUACGAGGAGGAGGAAGAGGAGGAGGAGCAGCAGCAAGCUUGCAGCAGCCGCUUGGCCAUCGAUAACAGCCGCGUUCAGGCGAACGCCUCGCCACCCAGUGGCAUUGGCAUCUCGCCACACGGCUCGCCACAGUUGCAGCAACGUCUGGGCAAGCAUCUGAGCAAAUCCGCCUCAGAGCUAAACGGACACGACUGCCACGGCCACGAAUCUCCGCACAUAUCGCCAAAGCGCGCAAAGAGCGCCGCCUCUCCUAGCAUCAGCCACGGCAGCGCUGGUGGAGGCGUGGCCAGUGGUGUGGGCGUGCUGCAGAAGACGCACGGAUUCUUCAACAAUUUGCGACAUCGCUGGAGUCGCACCAAGAGCAAAGAUCGGCUGGGCCGCAAGUCGCCCAGCGACUUUCUCGAGGAGAGCACCGACUAUGCUGCCGACUACAGCUCCGAGAGCAGUUCCGUAACACAAAGUCCACGCCACAGAGCCACCACCUUCGGUGGAUCACCGCUGGCGCGCGACUUUCGUGCCACAGCCAAGAUGGCGCAAGUGAUUCAACGCUUUGGCGGCUCCAUGGAGGGUCGCAUCGAUGAGCAGCCGGAGCAUGGCAAUGGCCAUGUAGCAUCCGCUGCUGGCAUCACGCAGCAGCAGCAGCAGCUGAUGGCGCUUCAGGCCGACGAGCUGCGUCGCAAGCGUGAGGCUCAAUUACGUCAAUUCGUCUUCUUUCAGCUGCGCGUUCACCUCAAGUCGGGCUGCGACUUGGUCGCGAUGGACAAGAAUGGACUGAGUGAUCCUUAUGUCAAGUUUAAGGUGGGCGGACGCUUGCUGCACAAGUCGCGCACCAUACACCGCGAAUUAAAUCCCGUGUGGGACGAGGUGUUCAUUGUGCCCGUGGAGGACCCUUUCCAGCCGAUUAUUGUCAAGGUAUUCGACUACGACUGGGGACUGCAAGACGAUUUUAUGGGCUCGGCCAAAAUCGAUCUCACUCAACUGGAGCUGGGUAAAGCGGAAGAUAUCAAUUUGCAGCUGAGCGACACCAACAACGGGGAGCCAGGACUCAGCAUGGGCGAGAUACUCAUCAAUCUAACGCUGUGGCCGCGCAGCCAGGAGGACAAGGAAAUGCACUUUCAACGCAACUCCAAAUUGGCCGAGUCAUCGAAGCGACUGAAGUCACAGAUCUGGAGCUCCGUGGUGACCAUACUGCUGGUCAAGGCCAAAGAUUUGCCGCUGGCCGAAGAUGGCAGCAAGCUCAUUGACAUACAUUUCAAAUUUAGAUUGGGCAAUGAGAAGUACAAGAGCAAGUCCUCGUGGACGGAGCGCUGGCUGGAGCAGUUUGAUUUGCAUUUGUUUGAUGAGGAUCAGAAUCUGGAGCUGGCUCUCUGGAAUCGCAACCAGCUGUGCGGCAAGGCGAAUAUUGAUCUGAGCGUCUUCCAGCGCGAAACGACGCACGGCAUUUGGAAACCUCUGGAGGACUGUCCGGGCGAGGUGUUCCUCAUGCUUACCAUAAGCGGCACUACGGCGCUGGAAACGAUUAGCGAUCUGAAGGCCUUCAAGGAAGAUCCUCGCGAGACGCAAAUACUUAGGGAACGCUAUCGCUUUCUACGCAGCUUUCAGAAUCUACGGGAUGUGGGCCAUCUUACAGUGAAGGUUUUCGGUGCCACGGGCUUAGCAGCUGCUGACAUAGGCGGCAAAUCGGAUCCCUUCUGUGUGCUGGAGCUGGGCAAUGCGCGCCUGCAAACCCAAACGGAGUACAAAACACUAACGCCCAACUGGAAUAAGAUUUUCACCUUCAACAUCAAGGACAUCACGCAGGUGCUGGAGGUCACAGUGUUCGAUGAGGAUCGCGAUCAUCGCGUUGAAUUUUUGGGCAAACUAGUCAUUCCGCUGUUGCGUGUGAAGAGCGGCGUCAAGCGCUGGUACACGCUGAAGGAUAAGAAUCUCUGCAUACGCGCCAAAGGCAACUCGCCACAGAUUCAGCUGGAGCUGACUGUUGUGUGGAACGAACUGCGCGCUGUUUGUCGUGCGCUGCAGCCCAAGGAGGAGAAGCUCAUACAGCAGGAGGCAAAGUUCAAGCGCCAGCUCUUCCUGCGUAAUGUCAAUCGCAUGAAGGAGAUCAUCAUGGACAUAUUGGAGGCAGCGCGUUAUGUGCAGAGCUGCUUCGAAUGGGAAUCACCAGUGCGUUCCUGCAUUGCCUUUGUGCUGUGGAUAGUCGCCUGCGUUUAUGGUGAUCUGGAGACGGUGCCAUUGGUGCUACUGCUGAUUAUACUCAAAAAGUGGCUCAUACGACUCAUAACUGGCACCACUGACGCCAAUGCGGGCCACUAUGACUACGAGUACGAUGAGGAUGAUGACGAUGAUAAGGAGAAGGAGGAGAAGAAGUCAAUUAAGGAGCGGCUGCAGGCCAUACAGGAAGUGUCGCAGACAGUGCAGAACACCAUAGGAUAUUUGGCUUCGCUAGGCGAGAGCACCAUCAACACAUUUAACUUUUCCGUCCCCGAGCUGACCUGGCUGGCAGUGGUGUUGCUGCUAGGCGCCAUCUUCGUGCUCCAUUUCGUGCCGCUGCGCUGGCUGCUGCUCUUCUGGGGCCUCAUGAAGUUCUCGCGGCGCAUCUUACGUCCCAAUACAAUACCAAACAACGAGCUGCUGGACUUUUUGUCGCGCGUGCCCGACAAUGAAGAGAUUAAUCAGUAUCGCGAGCUACCGCCAACGGCGCCCAGUGAGCUGGCGCGCAACAAUCCGAAGAAGAAACUCAAGGGAUCAUAGUCCAUAUGCAGCGCUGAUGUAGCCUUGGCGCCGCUGCAGUCCAGCGCAACGGGUACACAGCAUCUGAUGCAGCAGAUGACGACACGCUUCCGCGCCAAUACCAAUCAGCUGAAGCAUCGUUUUGGCCAGGCCAAGAGCCUGAGUCUUAGCCACAGCCAGGGCGAUACAAUUAGUUAAGAUAAAAAUACAAAGCAAGUUCCAUGGCAACGUUAACUCUACUUAUGCACCAAAGUUUUUCGCUUGAACAAAAUAGUUAUGCUUAUCUUAUCAGAAAAUUACAAAAUCGGCUAAACAAAAAUCAAACUAUUUACACACACACACACACACUGUCAUGCCCAAGGGAUGCACAGCUUGUAAAUACACUUGUAACUUUAUAUACAUACAUAUACUUAAAGCUUAUGAACCAUUCAGUGUGUACCUAAUGUUAUUUUGACAACUCUACUCAGCUAUGGUAUUAUCUUAAAGAAAAUUUUUACCAAUUUACCAACUUAACCAAUUAAGCUAGCCGCGCAAUUCCCUUUGCAACUGAUUAAUAAUGGUUAAUUAUUUAUUGUAUAUUUCAAUUUGUGAUAUUUUCAAAGAAUUGCAACUCUAGACAUACUAUGUGGCUUACCCAAGAAUGUAAUUAAUCCUACGGUAUGUGAAUUAUAUUCUAUGUAUACAUUUGUACUUAUAUAUCCAUUGCACCAAUUUGAUUUUAAGGCUUUUUCUACUUACAAAACUAUGAAAUGAGAUUUGUAAUUAUAUUUCAUCAACAUUUUCGAAUCCAACUCCGAUUAUAAACUUAGAUAGUUCAACUAUUUUGUACUCCCGCAAUGAAAGUUUUUAUACACAAAAUAUACCAAAACAUGAUCAAAUAAUAUUUAAAUAAAUACUAGCACCUAAGUUAAGUUUGCUAUUUUUCAACCAAAUAAUAAACAUAUUUUUGUGGAUUUCGCUCAAAUCACAUUUUUAAUAUUACUGCGAAAGCUUUUACCAGUGCCUGUACAACUGUGAAUUCUAAUCUUUGGCUCUGCCUUGCGUGUGCUGUUUACUGUUAUUUGUUUUGCUCAAAUUUCUGUUUACUUGCCAAAGCUUUUAUUUGCGCUUCCAGCUUACAGUAUAUAAAAAGCUCACCACGCGUGCUGGAAGCAAACUGUCCAUUAUAAAUUUAUCUCCGUUUCAAUUAUUGUAUAUACUAUAUAUGUACAUAUGUAGAUUU